AUGGCGGCGCCCAGACUGGUAACUGCUGUGUGUUAUACACAGAGAGAGCUUUAUAUAGAGAUACAGCGUUAUACACAGAGAGAGAGAGCUUUAUAUAGAGAUACAGCGUUAUACACAGAGAGAGAGAGCUUUAUAUAGAGAUACAGCGUUAUACACAGAGAGAGCUUUAUAUAGAGAUACAGCGUUAUACACAGAGAGAGCUUUAUAUAGAGAUACAGCGUUAUACACACACAGAGUGAGAGCUUUAUAUAGAGAUACAGCGUUAUACACACACAGAGAGAGAGCUUUAUAUAGAGAUACAGCGUUAUACACACACAGAGAGAGAGCUUUAUAUAGAGAUACAGCGUUAUACACACACAGAGAGAGAGAGCUUUAUAUAGAGAUACAGCGUUAUACACACACAGAGAGAGAGCUUUAUAUAGAGAUACAGCGUUAUACACACACAGAGAGAGAGCUUUAUAUAGAGAUACAGCGUUAUACACACACAGAGAGAGAGCUUUAUAUAGAGAUACAGCGUUAUACACACACAGAGAGAGAGAGCUUUAUAUAGAGAUACAGCGUUAUACACACACAGAGAGAGAGCUUUAUAUAGAGAUACAGCGUUAUACACACACAGAGAGAGAGCUUUAUAUAGAGAUACAGCGUUAUACACACACAGAGAGAGAGCUUUAUAUAGAGAUACAGCGUUAUACACACACAGAGAGAGAGCUUUAUAUAGAGAUACAGCGUUAUACACACACACAGAGAGAGAGCUUUAUAUAGAGAUACAGCGUUAUACACAGAGAGAGAGAGCUUUAUAUAGAGAUACAGCGUUAUACACACAGAGAGAGAGCUUUAUAUAGAGAUACAGCGUUAUACACAGAGAGAGAGCUUUUUAUAUAGCGCUUUAUAUACAGAGAUACUGUGUUCUAUAGAGAGCUUUAUUCAUAUAGAGAGAUCUAUACAGAGACACUACUAGUCCUUUCUGUAUAAUACAUAUAAUUGUUUCACUGUGAUCUACCUGCAGCUUCAGAUGCCCAGAAUACUACCUCACUUCAGACUCUUGCAGACUCCCAGGACCCUGCCUCUUGUUGGAUGGAGAGACUCACGACACAGCUCGUCCUCCUCGCUUCCCUCAAUCAAACACAGAAUCCUGCAUUCUCUCAACAAUUAUUAUCAUGACAUUGAAACUGUACUAGAAUGGAGCAGCCGUUUUAAGACCUGGAACCUGCGCAGGAAGAAUGCGUGCGUUGUGAUGCUCGUGAAUACAUCUAUCGUAAACGACACUAACGAGGCACUCAUAGUUCUCAGCUGAGCUGUACAUUGAGUAGAUAUUGUGAGGGGUAUUUGCUAACAAUCAGAGCUUGUAUUGAGCACCAGUGAAUUAGCACACAUGGCCUGUAAGAUUUGGUGGUUAAUUAGACGUCUUUUAUUUUCCAUCAUACUGGGCACUAUCUGCUAAUGAUAAACAUAUUGCACAAUAUUAAUGUCAUAUUCUGAAUGUAAGAAUUUAAUAUUUGGUAAAAAUAAAAUCGGAAAUAAGUUUACAGAUUGGAAGGAGAGUUCACAGGGAGAGAGCCAUAUGAAAUUAAGAGCUCAUUAAUUAAAACUUAAUGAGUGUGGAUAUGCUUUUAACGGAGCCAUAGUGGGCAACCUCACACUAUUCUGUGCACUGCACACAAGUAGCAGUGAUUCCUCCUUGUGUUCACAUUGAUUCCUUCUCUGGUUUUUGUUCAUAUUAUGGCAAAUCUAACUAACCUGUAUUACCCUUAGGCAUUAUGCGUACACCGAACGCCUCUAUGGACCGUAUGCUGCAGCUGCCUAUUAUGCGCUCUCUAAGAAGGGAGGAGUGAAGUACGUAUCUAAGAUUGAUUCAUAGAUGAUUUAAAACAGAAGAAGAAAGAGAGAAUAUGGUAGAGGGAAGGGCAAAACAAGAAGAGAAGGGAAAUGGAGGAUAAGGAAGAAGAGAAUUAGAUGGGGGUGGGGGGAAAGAAUAGAUAACAUGAAAGUAAGAAGGGGAAACAGGUCAAAGGGAGAAGGAAAUGAUACAAAAUUAAGAUAUAACAGAAGUAAAAAAUGACAAAACAACAUAUAUUAGAUUUAUAUAAUUCACAUUUUAUAUCUCAGCAAAUAAUAGUCCUUUUUGCUUAUAGAUCCUGAUAUACCUGGAGAGAAUCUUUCUCGCAUUAUAACAUUGUUAAUAAUUGCAUUAAGUAUUAAUCCAUUUUUGCCUAAGAUAUACUUAUCUUCUAUUUAAGUUUUUGUAAUGGUCUUUUUGUAGAAAUGAUUAAAAAAAAUUAAUUAUUUUUUUGGGGGGUAGUUCAUUUUACAGAGCAAAUGUUGAAAACUUCUAAAGCAAGUUAACAUCUGAUUGAAAAUUAAGACUUUUUAAAAAAAAAAUUUCUGGAGGCUGUGUGAGUCACAGUCAGGGGAGGUGUUACUUGGGCUGCAUAAAUCACAACAAAAGUGAUUUAACUCAAAUUGGCAGAGAAUUUAAUUCAAUAAAGUUGUUUUGGUGACUAUAGCACUCCUUAAACACCCACAUCGUACGAGCAUCAUACAGCUUAUUAAUACGGGGCUGGCUCAGCGCCUGUGUAUUGUCCUAUAUAUUUUGUCUCAUGAUGUCUAUUUACACUUGCAUUAGACUAUAUAUUGUAGACACAUUUGGGAGUUUUUCCUAUGAUUUUUCAGGUAAAUCUUUGGUUCUCACUCCUCUUAUCCAUCUCCCUGCAGGUUUAAGGGUCACAUCGAUUGGCACCGGGCGGACAGGAAGGGGCGUUUCAGCUGGGAUUUUAUGCAAUAUAAAGAUGUGCCUCUGGAGGGCAUUGACCUGAGCAAUUCACCCCUAACCUUUAGAGGUCUGGAUAACAUAGGUGAGUGAUAACCCUGCAAAUCCAGCUUGUUUCAUGAAAAAUCUGUGAAUUGCUACAUAUAAACCAAGAUUGCUGUGUCAUCUAUGUGAUGGACCCGCUGGCACUCCGACCGAGUACCUCCGCCAAUCGAUGCUCCUAGUGCUUGCAGAGGACUUCAAGCACUCCAACCGACACCAUCAGCACUGCAGACUUAUCCCAUCCCCCAAGCAUGAGCCAAGGCUUCAAGAAAGGCUCAAGCAGGUCUGUUUUAAUGAGCACACAAAGCAACAGCACUCACGCAGCAAAAAACAACCCCUCCUCAGAGGAAAACAAACUGACAGUUAAAGACAGACAGCGUUUGGAAAUAUGACAGUUAUUAAGGGUUUUUAAACUGGUGUUCUAGGAGGGAGGGGAAUAAAACAGUAAAACUAAGUCCAUAAAACAGGGUUUUUCUUCACACUCUGCAUCCGAAGUGCAUAGCAAAACUGCAGAUCCUUUGUCAGAGCAUUUAAAGGGCCAGAACCAGUCUAAUAAAAUCCACUAUGCUCAAAUAACAUACAGUUGAAAUACAGGCAAUAAUCAAUGCAAAAGUCUCUUGUGGUUGCUUCUGCCACAAUAUAGAUUAGCAGCCAUUUUGUUUUACAUUUUACCAUCUUGUAUCACUGUAUAUAUUCAGUCUAUUUUAUAAGAACUGUACUAUGAACUGUGGGAGAGGAAGCAGAUGUUCCAGGUGAGGAGAAAUUUACAAAAACAUAAAAAGUGCGAGUUAGAAAUAAUGUGUGAAUUAGCUGCACGUUGAUAACACUCCUUAUGUACUGUCGGCCCUGCUUAUUGAGGUGACAGAAUCUCUGUACAUAGCUGGGAUUUAUUAAUUAAAUUGGGAAUUGCCGAAAGGAAUAAAAGCACCUCCAGCUUUUUAUCCAUUUCCACUAUAUUUUGCCUGAAAUCUAUAGAGCUGGCUGUAGAUGGCUUAUCUCUCUGUACGGAUGUGGCGAAACCGACCUUGCCACUGGGCAUUGGAGAAGAUGGAUUGCCAGCCUCCUGCCAUGUGACUAUGGCCCCUGGGAUGAAUUGCUCUUUAAAGACAUGAUUUGGGCAUAAUGGAUUUGUGUUGUGCUGCUGCUGGCCCUUUAACUGCCAGAGGAGGGAUUUGUGCUUUUAAACUGGCACUUCAGAUGCAGUCGAAGUGGCCGCCAUUCGAAAACCGAACACGUGGCGGCGUCCAUGUUAAUGUAGUGGAACGCGGUCAGCGGUGCGUGCCACUGAAUCUAUGGAACUAAAAUCGGCUACACAUUUACACGAACACCGCUGACCGUUACCUUCUCAGGAACUUCGACUGGAAUCGAAGUGCGUUCGACAAUUCUAACACGCUGUUAGACUGGGCUAUUUGCACGAACUGCCUUGUUCGUGCAUUCGAAUGGGACUUAGACACUUUUCUGUGUGAAAUUGACUGACCGCACAGCCCAAAUCUAUGGAACUCUUUGGGCAUGAAAAUGUGCUUACGGUCGGUCAAAUAAGACUUUCCCUUAACUUUUUAACCCAGAACCGAUUGCCCUGAUUUUUUGAGUGUGUAUAUUUCAAGCAUGCUGAUUCUGAAAAUGUAUGUUUUAUGUGAAUGGCAUGUAUAUUUUGGAAGUUAUUAAUAUUUUGUAAAAACUGUAUUUCUCUGCCUGUGAUAAUUAUAUUAAAGGACCACUAUAGUGCCAGGAAAACAUACUUGUUUUCCUGGUGCUAUAGUGCCCUGAGGGUGCCCCCACCCUCAGGGUGCCCCUCCCGCCAGGCUCUAAGGGGUUAAACUUACCUUUCUCCAGCGCCGGCCGGGAGCUCUCCUGCCUCUUUCCGUCACCGGCUGAAUGCGCGGCAAGAGCCGCGCGCGCAUUCAGCCAGUCCAUAGGAAAGCAUUAUCAAUGCUUUCCUAUGGACACUGGCAUCUUCUCACUGUGAAAAUCACAGUGAGAAGCGCAGAAGCGCUCUAGCGGCUGUCAAUGAGACGGCCACUAGAGGCUGGAUUAACCCAUAGGUAAACAUAGCAGUUUCUCUGAAACUGCUAUGUUUACAGAAAAAAGGUUAAUCCUAGCUGGACCUGGCACCCAGACCACUUCACUAAGCUGAAGUGGUCUGGGUGCCUAUAGUGGUCCUUUUAACCAUUGUGUUCAUUAAUCAUAUCACAGGCAGUGGGGAGGAUUUUGUGUGGGAGUGUCUGUGUGUAUUGUACAGAUCGAUUGGUUGUAUUUCAAAGCCCUGUGGGCAGUACUAUGUUUGUGGAUUGUGAAUAAAAGAGGCUGUAUGUGUCAGUACAGUCAGUUCUACUUCACCCUCAAUCUGAGUCCUGUCUAUUAUUGGGGGAAUCUGCUACAAGGGAUUGCUAUGCUCUGCAUAUUCCCUUGCUAUAAUCAUUGAGCUCUUGUAAGAGCUUGUUCCUGUCUUGCUCUCUGAAGGAGUCUACGGUGGUUAUGGUGUCGGCUGGAGUGCUUGGAGCCCUCAGGAAGCGCUAGGAGCAUCCUUCAACUGAGGUACCCAGUCGGGGUGCCCGUCGAUCCGUUACAACGGAUGAUAGAGUUGGUGAUAUAGAUAUUGUCUCUCUCUGUAUGGAUGAUAGAGCUGGCUAUAGAUGGCGUAUUUCUCUGUACGAAUGAUAGAGCUGGUGAUGUAGAUGACGUAUCUCUCGGUAUAGGUGAUAGAGCUGGCGAUAUGGAUAGUCUCUCGGUAUAGGUGAUAGAGCUGGCGAUAUGGAUAGUGUCUCUCGGUAUAGGUGAUAGAGCUGGCGAUAUGGAUAGUGUCUCUCGGUAUAGGUGAUAGAGCUGUCAAUAUAGCGUGUGUUUUUUUUUUGGAUAGACAUUUUUUAGCUUUACAGGCGUAAAUAAUUCAUGAUUUAUUUGCCAGGGAUUCUUGAUUGCAGACUUCCUGCAGCGCCCUCUGAUAGUGUCUUUGUAUAAGAGCAAGGGUUUGCUGGGACUGAGCUGACUUGUUUUCUAUUUUCUAGUUUCUCUAACAGAGCUCCGGGAACUGUAUCUCCGAAACUGCCCUCAUCUCAACGAUUGGGCUCUGAGCCGCCUGCACGUGUUUAAAGAUUCGUUGGAAGUCCUGUCUCUGGCUGGGUGCCCUCAUAUCACUGAAAGAGGUCUGGCCACCUUGCACCAUCUACAGUGAGUGUCACUUACCGCUCAGAGACUGUUUCUGCUGAUUAACUGUUUAAGUACUGGAUGUGUUCCCUGCUGCUCUCCAAUAAUGGCUAUAGCAAAUAUAGUGACAGGACCAAGAGUCACUGCAAUUCAGUGUGUCUGAAUGGGCUUACUUGGGGGCCUUGCAAUGAGGUCCAACUUACUGGGUACAAGCACGACAAUAGGCAGAGUGUCCCAGGAUCCGAGCUGGCAGCAAGGAAUCUGGAACAGGAAGGAUUUAGACUCAGUGACUGCAUGCAGGUCUGUAACAUCUCGCUGGACUGAUGGCUCGGAGGGCGCCUCCUACUGGCUUACCUCCGUCAUUGCUGUGUACACUACCACAAUGAGAGAUGCUUGUGACCUAUUGCACAGUCAUGUCAACAGGGAGUGUGCCAGAUAGAAAGCAACAAACGCUCUUGGUCCACGAGGCAAAUACUAAACAUCUAAUUCAUCUUCGAGAGAGCAAGAAAUGAAAUAAUGAAGUUAACACCUAGAGGAUGUUUAGUACGUUACAAAGCGAAGGAUUGAAUUCUGUUCAGGCAGUGAGGUUGUAUUUUAACAUUCCAGCCAUAAUCACACACUCUGCUCAUUUCUCUCUCUACCUACCACAGGAACCUUCAGCACUUGGACUUGUCCAACUUACCCUCUGUGCCUAACAAAGGGUUAAUCAAGAUUCUUCUGGAGGAGAUCCUCCCUGGGUGUCAAAUUGUGGGGUUGGAUUAUUUCGAUGGACUGGAGGACACAGAGGGACAGCCUCUACUUAUACCUGAGUUACGCCACUGA